ACAUUCCCUAAUAAAAUGAAAAUUUUAUUUAAAAUUAGCUUAAUAUUAGUACUAAGUUGUAGCCUAUGUUUAAGUGAAGAUUCCUCCAAACAACUGCCCGCAGCAUAUGUAGAAUCUGUACAACGUUCUACCCACACCAACAAUUGGGCCGUGCUAGUAGAUGCCUCUCGUUUUUGGUUUAACUAUCGUCAUGUAGCUAAUGUUUUAUCUAUCUAUAGAUCUGUUAAGCGUUUAGGCAUACCCGAUUCCCAGAUUAUACUUAUGAUUGCCGACGACAUGGCCUGUAAUCCUCGCAAUCCCCGUCCUGGUCAGGUUUACAAUAAUGCCAAUCAACAUAUAAAUGUUUAUGGUGAUGAUGUGGAGGUGGAUUAUCGUGGCUAUGAGGUGACCGUAGAGAAUUUUGUGAGACUGUUGACGGGUCGUACACAAAAUGGUACUGCUCGUUCUAAGAAAUUAUUAACGGAUGCUGGCAGUAAUGUUUUGAUUUAUUUGACGGGUCAUGGUGGUGAUGGUUUUUUGAAAUUCCAAGAUUCAGAGGAGAUCACUAGUCAGGAGUUGGCAGAUGCGGUGGAGCAAAUGUGGGAGAAGAAACGUUACAAUGAAUUAUUUUUAAUGGUUGACACUUGCCAGGCUGCUUCUUUGUAUGAAAAGUUUACUUCUCCCAAUAUUUUGGCUGUUGCUAGUAGUUUGGUGGGAGAGGACUCAUUGUCGCAUCAUGUUGAUUCAUCCAUUGGCGUUUACAUGAUUGAUCGUUAUACCUACUAUGCAUUGGAGUUUUUGGAAAAGGUACAGCCAAACAGUGAUAAAACCAUGGGAGAAUUUUUGACAGUGUGCCCCAAACGUUUGUGCAUUUCUACGGUGGGAGUGCGUAAAGAUCUGUAUAAACGAGAUCCCUAUAAAGUACCCAUUACCGAUUUCUUUGGCUCCAUAAGACCUACAGAAAUAACCAAGGGUAGAGUGAAUAUAACAUUGGCAGAGGAAGAAGACUUUAUUGCUGCCGCUUUGGAAGCCGAAAUAUCAAAUGCCAAAAAAGAUUCAUUUUAUAUACAAUUUGAAUCACAAUUUCCCAAAGAAAUUUUUAAAUAAUUUUGAAUUAAUUAAUUUAUUUAGUUAUUUUGUGAUGCAGUCAAAUACAAGUGAAUAACCAAAUAAGUAUUUUUAUUAUCAGUUAUUUUUAUUAUUGUCUGUACAAGUUUAACAGUUGCUUUAAAUGAACGAAACAAGUUAUUAUUUUGUAAUUUUUUUUUUAUAUUUUUAUUUCUUUCUUCUUUGUUUACUUUAAAUUAAUAUAACAUAAAUUAUAAACCUUUUUUUAUAAAUAAUAAAAAUUCAUUAAACUUAAACUUAAUAAAAAAAAAACAAUUUAAAUAUUAAACCAAAAGAAA